CCCUCUGUGAGCAUCAGGUAGCGCCAUAUACGGAUUGGAGAGGCACCUCGCAGCCCCUCUGGCACUGCAUCUGCUAGGGCGCACAGAGGGGCAGUGCCAUGCACACUCCUGACUAUGCGCUGGUCCUGAGCGGAGGGAACCAGUCUCUGGUCUUCAGUCCCUCUAAUGACCUAACGAUGGAAAAGUCUGGGAACAACACAGUCCACGCGAACGGAUCCGAUCCGUUUGCGCGAAACGAGGAGGUUGCCCAGAUCGAGAUAAUGGUCCUGAGCAUUACCUUCGUGGUCGCUGUGAUUGGGAACGUGAGUGUCCUGCUGGCAAUGUACAACACUAAGAAGAAGAUGUCACGGAUGCACCUUUUCAUCAAACACCUCAGCCUAGCUGACCUGGUGGUCGCCUUCUUCCAGGUGCUGCCGCAGCUCUGCUGGGAGAUCACCUUCCGCUUCUACGGUCCGGACUUUCUCUGCAGGAUAGUCAAGCACCUCCAAGUGAUGGGGAUGUUUGCGUCCACUUACAUGAUGGUGAUGAUGACCGUGGACCGCUACAUCGCCAUCUGCCACCCGCUGAAAACCCUCCAGCAGCCCACCCAGCGCUCCUACAUCAUGAUCGUCUCCACGUGGAUGUGCAGCCUGGUGUUCAGCACUCCUCAGUACUUCAUCUUUUCCCUGAGCGAGAUCAAAAACGGCUCGGACGUCUACGACUGCUGGGCGCACUUUAUCGAGCCGUGGGGUGCCAAGGCGUACAUCACCUGGAUAACGGUGGGCAUCUUCCUCGUGCCCGUGGUUAUUCUCAUGAUGUGCUACGGUUUCAUCUGCCACAGCAUAUGGAAAAAUAUCAAAUACAAGAAGAGGAAAACGACCGCUGGUGUUGCGAAAAAAAAUGGACUGAUUGGGAAAAAUUCAGUAAGCAGCAUAACAACGAUAUCAAGAGCCAAACUGAGGACUGUAAAAAUGACUUUUGUGAUCGUUUUGGCGUACAUUGUUUGCUGGGCGCCGUUUUUUACUGUGCAGAUGUGGUCCGUGUGGGAUGAAAACUUCCAGUGGGCUGAUUCUGAGAACACAGCAGUGACUCUGUCUGCGCUCCUUGCCAGUCUCAACAGCUGCUGUAACCCGUGGAUAUACAUGAUCUUCAGCGGCCACCUCUUGCAGGAUUUUGUUCACUGCUUCUCCUGCUGCCACAGAGUGAACACUGACUUUAAGAAGGAGGACUCGGACAGCAGCCUCCGCAGAACAACGCUGCUGACUAAGAUGACCAAUCGGAGCCCUACGGGCAGCUCAAGCAACUGGAGAGAGCUGGACUCUCCCAAAGCCUCCAUUCAGGCAGAGUAAACACACAGCCAGGCAACUUUGUUGACUGUUGUGGGGAGGAAGACAUGUUUGCGAGUGGCACCGAGGUACACAAACAAUAUCAACUCAUUUUAACUUUGGGCAUGACUGACAGUGACUAAAAUGCCUCACAAAUUCAAAAAUCAUGAAGCAAAUCAAGCUUUUUGCAACAAGGACAGAACAUACAGAUGCAUUACUUGGGUCCUCUUGCUGGAUUCUGCACGCAAAUAUUGUUUUUCACAUAACUUCAGCAAAAUAGACAAACUUUAGGAAAGGAGAUGAAAUUGGAAAUUGAAGUUUUGCUUCUAAUUUAUCAUGCGUUUAUAUCCCUGUGAUUGUAUGUAAAAGCCUUAGAUGCUGACAAUUAUGGGGUUUUUUUGUUGUUGUUGAUGUAAUUAGUUGUAAUAUCUGAACACCUUACAGCCCCAAGUUUUGUAGUCAAGAGUCCUAAUGUGAUUUCAUUUAGAUACUUUUAAGAGAAAACCGAUUUUCAGGAAUACUGAUGCUUUUACUGGUGGUUAGGUUUCCCUGCUGUGCUGCUGAACACCCUUUCCUGUUUGAGUGUUCACAAAGACAAAACUUACACAGCAGCCAGGAGGUGUAUGGUGGUAAAAACGACUCUUCCAGACCGCACGUCUCUAAGUAACCGUGGCAGUCACCUCAUCCUUUGUGUUUGGUUUUCCAUUUUGUUGUUUUUUCAGAACCACAAUUUAGUGGCUCGUGUAAAAAGGAAAACAAAAAGAAAGAAAAGAAAAAGAAAACUUUGCUUUGACCAGUCACAUAAGAGAAAAAACGUAUGUGGGGUUUAGGCAACAACUAUUAAUCAGGUCAUUGUGCGCAUCCACAUUUUCCUAAUUAGAAUAUAUUGCAGCAGUGUUCUUUGUGUGGGUCCCUAAAGACUGGCUUCAAUUUCUGUUCAGCAGAGGCAGAUGGGAUCCCCUUGAAAUUAGCUGGAUAUUCACCUACACACACGCAGACACACACGCACAGAGUGCAGGGGAUGUUUUGAUUAAGUGAGACUGACCACAGUUGGAGGAGUCUACCAACAGACCCCUCCCAUGGCUUUCACAAAAUGUUGUGGAGAAGCUCACACAUUCCACACACUCUGCGUCAACACACUUCCUGAUUUUUUUCAGACAUCCUGCACCACUGGGGGGUCUUUUUUUUGGCUUCAUUUGCACUCCAGACUCCUGCAUAUUAAUGGGAUCUGCAGCACCACAAUGGUUGUCAGACCACCAUGGGAAUGUGUAUGUUAUGAUGUAUCAAGAAAUUUCUAUCUGGCUGUAUAGUAUUUGUACAUAAAAGGCACUAAAAUAUCUGUAUAUAGGAAUAAUAUAUGUAAAUCUGUUCCACGAAAAUUCUUGUCUGUAAUGGUUUGUGUACAUUGAGAACAAUCUAAAUAUACUAUAAAUGUAUAUUAAAAAAUACACAAUGAUGCACUGAAUGCUACACUG